AUGCCCGAAAAGAAGAGGAAGAGAAGCGGAGAGAAUGGAGAGCGGCCGAAGAAGAAGACUGCCACUGCGCCAUCAGGAAAUGUGCAGAUCGAGCUGCUAGAGAAUAAGGAAGCGCUGGGCCCGCUGCUUGCGGCUACUCCAGGUCUCUCGUUCCCGAAGCGCACUACAUUCACCCCCUACAAGCACACCAAGAUCCUCCCCCAAGGCGACACCACCCAACUACUACUCCAGUCCUCCGAACACGCCCGCCUCGACUACCUCGCACAAGAAGAGCGGGAUGGAAGUUCAGAGAGCCAUCUCAAAGACUACGUUGGCGUCUUCGACCCCGCCACCAACAAGCUGCAGAUUGUGCCCGUGAAACGAGUUGUAGUGCGGAGCACACUGCGCAGUGAGAUGGACCAAAUGCGGGAAGAGCAGGCACAACUGGAAGCACGCCAAAACACCAUGGCGGCCAAGAGAUAUGCUCUCGCCGCCGAGUUUGGAUCCAAGAAAUCGAGAAAGGCGCUCGAGGAGAGGACCCUCAACGCCAUUCGCAGUGGCAACGCUGACGACCCAAGCGCAAUCAGGAACGAGUCGGUCGCCGAAAACGUACUGCAGAACAUGGCUUCUUCGACUGUCGCCAUGCCUUCCAAGGCACAGCACGAGGCUGCCAUAGACAGCUCCAAGCCGCGCCCGACGCCCAACCUUGCAGCCGAAUACCCAGGCGACGUCUACACCAUCGACACCGUAGUUGGCUCCGAGCUCAUGACUAUGCUCGACGUCAAAGACUGGGUAGCAGCAUCGGCCGCCGGCGAGGGAGUAGCUGUCAGCAGCAAGUAUGUCGCAAGACGCAUCGUCAAGCUGGCACAGAACAAGCAGAUACAGAAGUUGAAGGUUCUACGGUUCAUACUGCUCUGCAUCAACUUCAACGCCGCGCUGGUGAGUGGAAGUGGUUCAAAACCAAAGAAGAUUCCAUUCAAGGAUAAACUGGAGGCAUUGAUGGGAGACGAUACGCCAGCAGGGUGUGUCUUGGCGAUCAGAAGGAAAUUUGCCCCCGAAACCGGCGACAUGCCUCGUUGGAAUAUCGACAACCUCAUAACCCACGUGGCUGCGGCAGCACUUAUCGUUGACGACCACGAGGUCGAUGUCAACGAUUUACGGGAAGAUCUCAAGCUCGAGAACAAAGAAAUCAGACAGUACUACAUGGAGCUGGGAUGCAAAGUCUCUGCGCCUACGCAAACCGAUAUGACCAAGUGGAAACUGAGCAAGGCUGAGAGUACCAAUCACUUCAUAGCGAAACUGAAGCUGCCGCUGUCGUUCCCGAAGGUACAUGGUCCCCCGAGGAAACGGGGAUGA